AUGUCUUUUUCACCAGACAAAGACAUUCCAAGUCUUGCCGGCAGGGUUAUCCUUGUGACAGGUGGGAACAGCGGACUCGGUAAAGAAUCAAUUCUCCAACUUGCAAAGCACAACCCGCGUCAAAUCAUCAUGGCUGCUCGAUCGCAGGCCAGGGCUGAAGCAGCCAUCGAAGAAAUUAAGAGCGCCGUUCCUGAUAGCAAGAUUGCUUUUCUGCACUUGGACCUGUCGUCUUUCGCCUCGAUCAAAAAGGCUGCGGCUUCAGUGUUGGAGCAAUAUGAUCGUUUAGAUGUGCUCCUGAACAACGCUGGACUCAUGGGAGUUCCUCCAGGAUUGACCGAGGAUGGCUACGAGAUGCAAUUCGGCUCCAACCACAUGGGCCCUGCCUUAUUCACCAGGCUUCUCCUUCCUCUCCUCGACAAAACAUCAAAUCUCCCAGAUAGCGACGUUCGUAUAGUCCAACUAAGCUCCGAGGCAUCCCAGUUCGCCCCCAAGGGAGGCAUCCUCUUCUCUCAACUGAAGACUCCACAAGCAGACAUCUCGGGCCGUGCUCGAUACGGCCAGUCCAAGCUGGCAAAUCUCUACUUCAUCAAGUCUCUGGCAAAGCGCCAUCCAAAUAUCAAAUGCGUCUCACUUCAUCCUGGAAUAGUCAAGACGGGAAUCGCCAACAACACGUUAAACAACCAUUCCUUCUUGUCGUGGAUUUUCAGUCUUGUUAUAAAAUUAUUCUUCACGGGCGUACGGACCGGCGCACUUGGACAAUUAUGGGCAGCGACAGGGCCCUCUAAAGAGAUACAAACAGGCGCAUACUAUACGCCCCUAAAGAAGAGGAACUACCGGAAUGACACGGCGGAAGACGAAAAGAUAGCGGAGAAAUUGUGGAAUUGGACUGAGCAGGAGUUUUCAUCGCGAGGGUUGUGA